AUGCACGCCGAAGCAAAAGGAGUUCUCCCUGCUUUUCCUGAGCAAGUGUCUCAGGUCAAUAGGCCAUCUGGGUUCGAUGGCAUAUCCGCGGGAGGAAAUGCUGUCAAAUCUAGAAUGAAUAUCCCCAUAGCAAUUUGCGGUAUGGCAGUCCGCCUCCCUGGCGGUAUAGCGACUCCCCAGCAACUCUGGGACUUUCUGCUAACUAAACGUGACGCGCGAGGCCGAGUUCCAGAGUCGCGCUACAAUAUAUCAGCGUACCACUCUGAUACUGGCCGGCCGGGCACAAUUAAGACGGAGUACGGUUAUUUCCUUGAUGAUAGUGUCAAACUGGGAAGUUUCGAUGCUCCUCGCUUCUCUUUUAGUCGUGUUGAACUUGAGUCUUCCGACCCUCAGCACCGACUGAUGUUGGAGGUAGCCAGAGAAUGUUUUGACGACGCUGGUGAAGUCGAUUUCAGGGGCCGCCAAAUCGGCUGCUACAUGGGUAGCUACGGUGAGGAUUGGUUGGAGAUGCAGAACAAGGAUCCCCAGCACUCUGGCGUUCAUCGAGUUGAUGGUUAUGGCGAUUUCAUGCUGUCCAAUCGGGUGUCUUACGAAAUGGACCUACGCGGACCCAGCAUGACCAUCCGCACUGCCUUCUCGGCCGCACUUGUCGGCCUUCAUGAGUCUUGUCACGCCAUUCAACGGGGCGAUUGCGAGGCGGCCAUUGUAGGGGGCUCAAACCUGAUCAUGGCACCUGGCAUGACAGCUUUCAUGACGGAAAAAGGUUUACUUUCUCCUGAAGGCUCCUGCAAAACCUUUUCAGCAGACGCAGAUGAGUACAGCAGAGGCGAAGCCAUCACAGCCGUGUAUAUCAAGCCAUUGGACGCUGUUAUUCGAGACGGGAAUCCUAUCCGUGCUGUGAUUAGGUCCACCAUGUCAAACAGCGACGGGAAGACGCCCGGCAUUUUGCACCCAAGUACCGACAGCCAGGAGACUAUGAUCCGGCAAGCCUACCAGCUGGCUGGCAUAACAGACUACUCAAAGACUGUAUUCGUGGAGUGCCACGGAACCGGUACCGCUACUGGGGGCCCUGUAGAGGUCAACGCAGUCGCUCGAGUUUUUGGCGACUCCGGGGCAUUUAUCGGAUCGGUCAAGCCUAACCUAGGUCAUUCGGAAGGUGCUUCAGGCCUCACAUCUCUGAUCAAGGCAGUUCUUAUGCUUGAAAACCGCACUAUCGUACCCAAUAUUAAAUUCUCGAGCCCGAAUCCUAAAAUCCCUUUCCGGGAACGCAAGCUGACCGUUCCCCUUGAACCUACACCGUGGCCUGAGGCUCAAUAUGAGCGAGUCAGCAUCAACUCAUUCGGCAUUGGGGGCGCUAAUGCGCAUGUUAUGCUUGGCUCAGCCCGCGUUUCAGGUGUUUGCAGUAUCAAGUCAGCAAGCCAACUUGGAGGCAGUCCACAAUUGUUUGUCUUCUCCGCAAAUUCCGCUGCGUCCUUGCAACGGAUGACGAUCAACUUGCUAUUUGAUUAUUUUGAGAAACCCACCUUCGAACCCGCAGCUCCAAUUCUCGAAACGGAAGCAAUAUCACCACCUCAAAAUGCAGUGCUCAGCCCCCAGCCACUCAGCAAGGCCAGCCCUCAGUCUAUUUCCAGUGGUUAUAACAGUCUACAAGAGAUCUGCGAAAAGGCCAAGUUGAGAGGUGUUGCUAUCCAACGGAGACAUUGGGUACGGCUUUUAUUCGAAUGGAGUAUCUAUGUACUGCUCGUUCUCUUCGUUUAUUUUGUCCUUGUUGGUAUGCCUCUAUGGAAGGGUGCAGUAUGGUGGCUAUAUUGGGUUGUCCAAAACAAAUUCGUUAUCCAAGGAGGAUAUGCCAUCGUGAUUGGAUUGGCUGCACUAUAUGCCUUCUGUCCACUUCUCAUUCUAUUCGAAAAAGACCCAAAUCCUUCUGUCGAAGAACAAGACCUCGAACAAAACUCCGAUAAUGUCAAAUCAACAGCCCUACUUAUUCCCUGUUACAAAUCAGCUAGUAUCAUCGGCCCUACCUUGGACGCGGCAUUGAAAAUUUUCCCGAAAGAGAAUAUCUUCGUGAUUGCAAAUGGAAACUCUCAAACACCCCUCGACAACACAGAAGAAGUCUGCAAACCAUACGGCGUGAACCAUCUCUGGGUACCAAUUGGAUCAAAGAUCGUCGCCCAGUUUGUCGGCUGCUACGCGGCUAAGGACUUUGAAAAUGCUGUUCUCAUUGACGAUGAUUGCCUUUUGCCUCCUGUUUUCCCUAUCGUCAGCGAUAGGCUCAAAGGCUGUGUUCGAUGUAUUGGCUAUACGAUCAAGAGUGUCGGUCCAAACUCCUCCAGGGGAACAUACUGUCAGCAAGCACAAGACCUCGAAUAUAAAAUGUCCGGUCUUCAACGAGACUUCUUUGGGAAGUGCGGCAGUGCAACAUUCCCUCAUGGUGCUAUCUCGCUUUGGAACCUGGAGUUCCUGAAGGCGACUUUCCACGAACACCCCGGCUUCUCGGUUUCGGAAGAUUGGUUCUUUGGCGAUGCGUGUCGCCGUCUUGGAGGACGCAUUACUAUGUGCUCCCAGGUCUUUGUGGAAACUGAAACUCCCUCUUCAGUGUUCAUCAGUGGCAGUGGCAGCCGUGGCGGAUUCGGCGAGAUGACCAUCUUUUCGCAGAGAUUCAAGCGGUGGAAUUUCUUCUUCGUGAUUGGUAUCUAUUACGAUCUCAAGUAUAUUUUCACCAGCUGGAAGCUCAGUUGGUGGGAACUUGGUGCGAAGCUUUGCGUAUUCCAAGAGGUAUACGAAACGCUUAUCUACCUCCUCGCCCCCUUCGUCUUCCCAAUCUCCUUCAUCGUGCGCCCCGGAUUCUGUGGUAUGCUAUUAGGUGUAACAAUCGCCAUGUACCUGAUCAACGUGGUAAUCUUCAACGAGAUCCACCUCCGCCUGAAAAAGGAGCGCGUCGACUGGAAGGUCCUCUUCUUUUACUACACAUUCUACAAGAUUGCCUUGACGGUCAUCAACGUCUUCAGCUGCUACUGGUCUCUCUACAAGUACGCUCGGUACUUCGCCCAGCGCCACCCGAAGGUCAUUGAAGAUCGGCAGGCUGUAGAGGUUCUUCUCAGUCUUGAGCAAGACAGCCGGCGGUCUUCGAUGGAUGAUGAUGUCAUCCCACUUGAUACGCAGGCUAGAGAGGUUGGGCGUGGAUUGGGAAGGAAGUUGACUUUGACUAAGGUGCAGGCUGGGAAGAAGCCUGAGCGUCCUCAACAUGAGGAGAAAGCUGCCCAGGGCGGAUGGAUAUAG